UCGCCGCCGCCGCCCGCCCGAGAGGCCCCUCCGCGCCGCGCCGCCUUCUCCUCGGCUCCCCCGGCGCGGGCCUCUCCAUCCGCUCGGUCCUCGCCGCCCGCGGCCGGCGGUCGCUAACGGCUCCGGGCGCCGACGCCGGGAGAGGCAGAGAAGAGGCUCCUCGCAGCCGGGAUGUCAGGUGGGGACUCGGCGGCGGCGGCGGCGGCCUCCCCUCAGCCGCUCCCGUUCUCCUUGCCGAAGCCCCCUCCCCUCAUGCAGCUGACGCCGGGGGACGCCGUCCGCCCCGUGGCCUCCGCCGCGGACCAAUCGCCGAAGAGCACCCGGCUGGCGGGCCGCCCGGAUUGGCCGGCGGGGAAGCCAGUCAGCCUGCUGGCGCCGCUGCUCCCGCCCCGCGGGGAGCCCGAGCCGCUCAUGCCCUUUGGCCCCUCGUCGCGGCAGCCACUCAGAGGGCGGCUUCUUGGCAGGUGCAGCGGGGGCAGCCUGCUCAGCCCCUCGAUGCGGCCCGGCGGCGUCGACCGCGGCUCCCUCAUGAUGGGACACCCAGGCAUGCCACAUUAUCCACCCAUGGGAAUGCACCCUAUGGGUCAAAGACCACCUAAUAUGCCACCAGUUCCACAUGGUAUGAUGCCUCAGAUGAUGCCUCCAAUGGGAGGACCACCAAUGGGGCAGAUGCCUGGAAUGAUGCAGUCAGUAAUGCCUGGAAUGAUGAUGUCUCACAUGUCCCAAGCUGCUAUGCAGCCUACAGUUCCGCCAGGAGUAAGCAGUAUGGAUGCACAAGUAGCUGUAGCACCACCUGGAACUCAGACAACACAUCCUGUAGUUUGUGCAGCCCAGCAAACCACCACGACCAACAGCUCUGUUAAUGAGGAGCAUUCUAAGCAGAAAUCUACAUGGACAGAGCACAAAUCACCUGAUGGAAGAACAUACUACUAUAAUACUGAAACAAAGCAGUCCACGUGGGAGAAGCCAGAUGAUCUCAAAACACCUGCUGAGCAAUUGUUGUCUAAGUGUCCCUGGAAAGAGUACAAAUCUGAUUCUGGAAAGCCCUACUAUUAUAAUUCCCAGACAAAGGAAUCGCGCUGGGCAAAGCCCAAAGAACUUGAGGAUCUUGAAGCAAUGAUUAAAGCUGAAGAAAACAGCAGCAAACCUGAAGAAUCCACUCCAGCAACAUCUGCUUCAGCUGCUGCAGCAGAAGUAACAAACACAACCACCACAGCCACAACUGCUGCUGAAACUGGCACAGCUGCUACCACCACCACUGCUACUCCUGCAGGAACAGCAGCCUCCGAAGGAGAAACCGGUGCAGCUUCUUCUGUGGUAGAAAAUGAAAGUACUGCCACAGCCACCUCUGAGGAUCAGGGGCAGCAAGCAACUGCUGCUGUGCAGGACCAAAGUGGAGAAGCUGCAGCUAAUGCAGCAGAGGAUUCCUCUAAGCAGGAGGCCUCAGGAGAUGCUGCUUCAAAGAAAGAGGAAGAUGAUGCCCAACCAGUUAAAAAAACCUAUACAUGGAAUACAAAGGAAGAAGCCAAACAAGCAUUUAAAGAACUACUAAAAGAAAAGAGAGUACCAUCGAAUGCUUCGUGGGAACAAGCUAUGAAAAUGAUCAUUAAUGAUCCUAGAUACAGUGCUUUGGCAAAGUUAAGUGAAAAAAAGCAAGCCUUUAAUGCUUACAAAGUUCAAACAGAAAAAGAAGAAAAAGAAGAAGCAAGAUCAAAAUAUAAAGAAGCUAAAGAAUCUUUCCAGCGUUUUCUUGAAAACCAUGAAAAGAUGACAUCUACAACAAGAUACAAAAAGGCUGAGCAAAUGUUUGGGGAGAUGGAAGUCUGGAAUGCCAUCUCUGAGCGUGAUCGUCUUGAAAUUUAUGAAGAUGUCUUGUUUUUCUUGUCUAAGAAGGAGAAGGAACAAGCCAAGCAGUUACGGAAGAGGAAUUGGGAAGCUUUGAAGAACAUACUAGAUAACAUGGCUAAUGUCACUUACUGUACUACUUGGUCAGAGGCUCAGCAGUAUCUGAUGGACAAUCCUACCUUUGCAGAAGAUGAGGAACUUCAAAAUAUGGAUAAGGAAGAUGCACUAAUCUGUUUUGAGGAACAUAUCAGGGCACUAGAAAAAGAGGAAGAAGAAGAAAAGCAGAAAAGUUUGCUUAGAGAAAGAAGGCGACAGCGCAAAAAUAGAGAAUCUUUUCAGAUAUUUUUAGAUGAAUUGCAUGAACAUGGACAGUUGCAUUCGAUGUCCUCUUGGAUGGAGUUGUACCCAACCAUAAGCUCUGACAUCAGAUUCACUAAUAUGCUUGGUCAACCUGGAUCAACAGCACUUGAUCUUUUCAAGUUCUAUGUUGAAGACUUGAAAGCACGUUACCAUGAUGAAAAGAAGAUAAUAAAAGAUAUCUUAAAGGAUAAAGGGUUUGUGGUUGAAGUGAAUACUUCUUUUGAAGAUUUUGUUACAGUCAUCAGUUCAACUAAAAGAGCAACUACUUUAGAUGCAGGAAAUAUCAAGCUGGCUUUCAAUAGCCUGCUGGAAAAGGCAGAAGCCCGUGAAAGAGAGAGAGAAAAAGAAGAAGCUCGCAAAAUGAAGCGGAAAGAGUCUGCAUUCAAGAGUAUGUUGAAACAAGCUACACCUCCAAUUGAACUGGAUGCUGUGUGGGAAGAUAUCAGAGAUAGAUUUGUGAAGGAGCCAGCAUUUGAAGACAUCACUCUAGAAUCUGAAAGAAAAAGAAUAUUUAAAGAUUUCAUGCAUGUGCUAGAGCAUGAGUGUCAGCAUCAUCAUUCAAAGAACAAGAAACAUUCUAAAAAGUCUAAAAAACAUCACAGGAAGCGAUCUCGCUCCCGUUCAGGCACAGAGUCUGAGGAUGAUGAUAGCCAUUCAAAGAAGAAAAGGCAGCGUUCAGAGUCUAGAUCAGUUUCUGAGCGUUCUUCCAGUGCAGAAUCUGAGAGAAGUUACAAGAAGUCAAAAAAACACAAGAAGAAGAGCAAGAAGAGAAGACAUAAGUCAGAUUCACCAGAAUCAGAUAUUGAACGAGAAAAAGACAAAAAAGAUAGAGAGAGAGAGAGUGAAAAGGAUAGAGCUAGACAAAGAUCUGAAUCAAAACAUAAAUCUCCUACUAAAAAAAGACCUGGAAAAGAUUCUGGUAACUGGGAUACUUCUGGCAGUGAACUGAGUGAAGGGGAGUUGGAAAAACAGAGGAGGACGCUUUUGGAACAACUGGAUGAAGAUCAAUGAGAACGUUAUUUAUACCAAAUAUGUUUACAUUGUGGCAUAAUAAAAGAAACCAAUGUCUAAUUCAGGACGUGGGUUCUGAUAUCCUGAGUUCCACUGUUGAAAUAACAGUGGGUUUUAAUUUUACCACAUAAAUCAAUUCAAGUACUACUAUUAUGGGCCUGGCAUCAAAUCUAGAAAAGCAAAUGAAAUUGAGUUCAAAGUUGAAUGUCUGUCCUGGAACUACUAGGCAGAAUGUGUGUUCUGCUCUCCAUGGAGCCCGCUGAAGGGAAGAGCGUGAUGGAAGGUGGUCCAGUCAUGACUGGAUCCUCUCUGGAGGCCAAGGAAAGUGUGCGCACCUUUCUAGCAAAGCGUCUCUUACGUAUGGUCCUUCCUAGAAGGGUGCUAACACUGGUUCUCCUGGCCAAUGGACAGAUGAAAUCCCCUUUUUAGAAAGAGAUUCCUAAUAUAGUUUCUUGUGGUUUAAUUUGCUUUAUGGAUUUGUUUAUUUUUUUUGAAAGAGAAGGGCAAGGGGAAGGGGAGUACUGAAUCCAUUUCUUGAUCUGUAGUACAAAAAAAGCAUGCAAAAUUGGAAUUACUUUUUUACAACCUACAUUACUAGCCAAAAUAAUUUCUGAGCAUUUAUAUGAAAGAGAAGACUUCCUGGCCAAUUCAUGUCUUAAGCGUUACCUUGGAGUGAAUUUUUAUGGCAAAGUUUUAAAUCGGCAGAUGAGGUUGGCAGCGUGGUAGGCCCUGCAUGGCAGUGCCACUAGAGGGUGCUGCCUGAUGACAGCCUCCUUUUGUACUAGUGCAAAACCUGAUGCAGAAAACAGCUGUGGACAUUAUUUCAGCAUUUAUCUUCACGUUAAGAUUUUUUUUUAAUCAAAUUGUAAAUUAAUUUCAGUAUGUUGCCUUAAGAACCUGCUGAAGAAUGUACCACCACAUUUCAGUAGCAGCUGCGGCGUCUCUGUCUAGAACAUUAAUGUUUGCUUAAACCCUUUCUUAAAAACGGAAAAGGAAGAAGCUUAAACCCCGUCUCCUUUUGGGUUGCCUCUGGCCAGUUUGCUUUGAGGAAAGUCCUGUUAGCCUGUUCAGUGACAAACAUUGACUGCUGUGGUACACAUUCUGAAACUUCCUGAUUUGAAUAUUUUUGUAUAUUUUUAUCAAUUAUUAAACCUUUUCUUCUAGUGUGUACUAGUAUUUAUUUCUGCCUGUACAGCUCUGAUAAAAAAUACUGCUAUCUUCUGGUUGUUGGAUUUAAGCAACAUAUGUUCAUGCAGAAAAUGUGAAGACUAAGAGUUCAGGUUCUUUUCAUUUUAUUUUUUCUAAUAUAUGACAGCUGUUAUUAAACAUAAAUUCCCCAAAAGAUCCAAUCAGUUAAAGCCUGUAGCAUUCAUGCAGCAUAUUUUAUUGCUAGGGUGGUUAUGUUAUUCAGACUUCUUAGGAAUACUAUUUGAGAUUGAAAUUAUGCAUCUUAAUAUAAAAUGUUGAAAAUACCUGACCUGUGUAUUCGGCAGAUGACGACCACCUUUGUGCUGGAACCAUUUGGUAUCUGCACGUUGUUCAGUACAGAGCACGCUUCAGCGUCGGUGCUUUCCAGCAAAGCGAGUUGUAGUUACUUGUCACACGCUCAUUGCUUUUUACUUUUUUUUUUUUUUUUUUUUUUUGGUCAAAACAAGACUCACGAUAAUUUUGUACAUGGUGAUGUGUUUAUUGCCAAAAUCUAGGAAGUUGCAGGCUGAUUAAAAUGUUGGCCAUGGCUUUUUCCAGUUUCUUCUGCAGAGCAAGUGACCCUCCCAAGCGUGGGAGGAUGUGCAGUAGUUGGUGUUGCCAGGGCUCUGUGCAGUCAGUCUAGAUUUUUAAAUGCGUAUUUUGCUAACCUCAGUUCACUUCCCUGGAUUUGUAUUUUAAAAUGCAAAUGCACAGAUGAUAAAACAGGUAGUAGUUCCCAAGUGGAAAGCAGAACAACAAAUGGUUUAUAGAACAUUAACAGUUAAUCAUGUCGUUCUUACCUUGACUUUAUGUUGGUAUAGAUCUGGGAAAUGGGAAGGCGUUGAGUGCUGAACUAAUUUAGAGUUUGACAAGUUGUAAUGGUUUGGAAACACAUUAGAACUAAUGUACAAUAUUUUGUUACUGCCUUGCCUAACUUACAUGAAAAACAAACAUGUUUCUAAGUAAAUAUUACUCUUGAAAAGUUUGCCUUUAUUUUUCCAUUAAAAAUAAAAAAAAAAUGUAAAUGUAAAUUAUUCUAAUGGAUUUUUUGUAUUUUUAGUCAGAUCUUAAAAUCAGACUGCUUUCAAAACAUUCCUGGCAAGGCACAAUUUAAUUUUAAGGGGAAAAUGAGCCCAGAUGAUUAUGGUUUAUUCCUCUUCCUUCUCUUUCCUGUUUUGCUCUUGCAGCCUCCCCGUUCCUUGGAGGGGGGACUGGGGUGAUACAAACACUUCUGUCUGUGUUUCCCUUCUGUACUCUUAAAGCAGCAACCGUAGCCUUUGGAGUUGCUCGCUCCCCCUCCUGGACGGCACAAUGAAGCUUUGAGUUCAAAUUCUGUACUUCUGCCUUGAAAUGAAAAGGCUUUUAGCAUUUUUAAAAAAAUGUUAAUGGUAUCUAUGACUGUUUCAGUUGGACUGUGGUUGAUUUGCUGUUUCUGUUUUGCACACCCCUCACGGCGUUCCGCGUCCUGCUUGUGAUCUGUUUAAUUUAAAUCCCGUGUAGCAGCCGCUGUGCUACAGCGGCUGGGUGUCAGGUUUGCAGGGCUCCCUCCGAGUCCAGUCUUAGGCUAAGUUUCAUUGUAUUUAUUUUGUUAAACCCUUUUGAAGAUUAAAUCUGAAUUUUGGCUAAAA